ACAAACAGCUGUUGUUUUGCGGCAUCCGCCUUAACGAAAUUUUGUUAAAGUUAAAAGUUGUCGAAAAUUAUGUUAAACCGCCCAAGCAAUAAAUAAAUAAAUAUGGAUGCAAAAAGCUUUAAACUCCUUCUCCUAGGUGGAGCUGUGCGUCUAUAUUUUAGCCGCACGCCGUUGGCUUCAUUAAUAGGAGAUCGUGUCGAAUUUGCUACACCUUUAAAUUCAUAUAAACGAAUGCAAGAGGGUGUCUUUCUGCUUGAACAUGACAUUGAUCCAUAUAGCGGUGACUUGGUGCACGAAUCGCCCCUAGUCCUGAAAGGACUCUCCUGGAUUUUCCUCAAUUAUGCAUCCUACCUCCCACUUUUGUAUAUAUUGCUCGAUCUAUUGACGGCCGGCUUGUUGUGGAUCAUGAGUCACUGGUUUGUCAAACACAAGUUGCAAGAACAGCGCUUGGAACGUAAACAUUAUGCCAAUGAUACGGAGGAACUUCAAUAUCAUAAUGAGGACAACUAUGAUAUACCUGAAUUAGUGCUAAUGGCCUAUCUGUUUAAUCCGUUGACCAUAAUGAGCUGCAUUGGCCUCACGUCAACAGUGUUUAGCAAUAUAUUUUUGGCUCUGUUCUUUUUUGCCCUAGUCAAAGGAUAUUUGCUACCAUGCCUGAUCCUAUUGGCCUUUGAGUCGGUUCGUAGUUUUUAUCCGAUUGUGUUGAUUUCUCCUCUUUUGUUGGUCUUUGCACGUCGCUCAUAUUGGAGAGGAUUCUGCAUAGGCUUACUAUUUGCUGCAGCUUGCAUCGCUAUAAUGGCAGCCAACUAUUUGGUUAUGAAUAGUUGGAACUUUUUGGAUGGUACACUGGGAUUUAUAUUUUAUUUUCGUGAUCUCCAGCCUAAUAUUGGGCUCUUUUGGUAUUUCUUUACGGAAAUGUUUGAACAUUUCCGUGCAAUGUUCCUUAUAACAUUCCAAUUGAAUGCCACCGUCUUGUAUCUGGUGCCAUUGUCGAUAAAAUUACGAAAGGAACCCCUACUUUUGGCCACAGUAUUAGUAGCUCUAAUGUCUGUGUUUCGUGCAUAUCCAAGCCUCGGUGAUGUAGGCUUCUAUUUGGCCUUAAUGCCAAUGUGGAAACGCUGUUGGAAAUAUAUGGCCCACGGUUUUGUGGUGUUUGCUUUCUUCCUCAUCAGUCUGUCCAUGAUGGGGGCUUUGUGGCAUUUAUGGAUCUAUGCGGGCUCAGCGAAUGCCAAUUUCUAUUUUGGUGCCACUUUGGCAUUCUGCACGGGUCAGAUAUUCCUCAUUACGGAUUUGCUGUUUGCUCAGGUUAAGCGACAAUUUUGUCUAUAUAAUGGCCAGAAGAUUAUGAUUGAUGGAGAAGAAGCGCGCAUAAUCCUAGAAUAAGAUUCCCUAAAUUAAAGCCACAAAAUGUUUUUAAUCAAAAAACAA